CAGCUCAAAACCAACCCCUCUCCCAACAACAGGCUCGUGUUCAGGUCCGACUGUGCUGUGCUGUGCUAGUAUGGACUACAACUGUUUUAGAGGCUGUUUUUGUGAUGAAGUCUGCAAACACUUCAACGACUGCUGUCCCGACUACAACAGCACCUGCUUUUUCAAUUCUACAACUUCACCACCUUCAACCAACUCCACUACAGCCUCUCAGUUCACCUCCACCACUCCAUCCACUUCCACCCAAUAUACCUCCACCUCAACUUCUCCAUCCACUUCCACCCAAUAUACCUCCAUGUCCACAACUCCAUCCACUUCCACCCAAUAUACCUCCACCUCAACUUCUCCAUCCACUUCCCCCAGAUAUACCUCUACAGUCCAACCCAAAGAUGUUCUUACAAUACUGACUAAUCUGGAGGUGGAGGUUUUGGCUGAGGAGUCUUCCACUGAAGAAGAGCGGCAGGCUGCACUGCGGCAGGUUUUCUCAGAUUUGAUGAAGAGUUUAGCAGUAAAUGACACUGAUAUCUACUCAUAUGAGGUCACGAGAAUUCAGCCAUUAUCACCAUGUGAUUGAGUCCGGAAUCAACCCAGAUGAAGACAUUCAGGCUGCUGCUGGACUUUCACUAGCUUGAGUAGACCUGAUCAUUUAUGGUGAUAAUUCAACUAAU